CAUCGAUGUUUUGCACCUCUAGUAAUCGUCCUCCUCCGGAACCCCAAUGAAAUCAAAAGAGCCUGCCAUCAUUCCCUUGAAUAAACGCAAGCCUAUCCUUGCUAUACGUGGCCACCACUAAGCGGAGAGUUCGGACGAUCCGGAGGUCCCCAGCAUUAAGCAUUUACUCACCCAGCGUACGGAACAUAUGGCGGAUCUAAUGCAUUUGGGCAAUGUAGACGUUGUCAUUCAGGAUCAACCAGGGUCGCCAACGGACGAUGCCAACCUGGCAGCCUUGGGCGGCAUGAGUGGCUUGGGUGUUAUGAUGGCCGGUGGCGGCAUUGAUUUGGCGGAUUUGGCACAGGAAUUGGAUCAGGAUGAGUUCGAUGGGCCCCACAUGCUUAAUGGGGAACGUCCAGCCAUCAUUGCCCCGCCGGAAAGCGAGUGGUACCACGGAAGACUUGAUCGUUACUCUGCUGAAUCCCGUCUGAGGGGAAGCAGUAAAUUAGGCAGCUAUUUGGUUCGCGAGAGUGACCGCAAGCCUGGCUCCUAUGUCCUAAGCUAUUACGGACGCACAGGCAUUAACCAUUUCCGGAUCACUGCCGUGUGCGGUGACUUUUACAUUGGCGGGCGACAGUUCAUCUCGCUGAGUGAUCUCGUCGGCUAUUAUACCUCAUGCAGCGACUUGCUGAAGCGGGAGCGUCUAGUCAUACCCGUAGCACCGCCGGAGCCAGUUAAUGACAAGAAGCGUGUGGUUGCCAUCCUGCCUUACACCAAAAUGCCCGAAACGGAUGAGUUGAGCUUCCAGAAGGGUGAUAUUUUCUUUGUGCACAACGACAUGGGUGAUGGCUGGCUGUGGGUGACAGCUCAUCGUACUGGCGAACAGGGAAUGAUAUUCCGUGAACUGGUGGAUGACCUGGAUGUGUCCAUCGAUCCGAAUACCGUGUUUCCCUGGUUCCAUCCGAAUUGUACAAAGAAUGAGGCCGUCGAUAUGCUAGUUAAAGCUGGCCCCGGAAGCUUCCUGGUUCGUCCCAGUGACAACUCACCGGGUGAUUACUCGCUCUUCUUUCAUAUCAACAACCAGAUCCAACGCUUUCGCAUUGAGAAGAAGGGCGUUCGGUAUUUGAUGGGCGGACGCACGUUUGAGUGUUUAGAUGCCGUGAUUAAUCGGUAUCGCAAGGAGCAGAUCGUGGAGGGACAUUCACUCAAUCAUCCGGUAGUGAACGGCAUCCAGCCGGAGUUCAAUCAGCAGUAUGUGGUGGAGAAGGCAGCCGAGAAGAUCUAUGCCACGCUGCGGGAAUGCCGCGACCAGAUUGGCCUCAAGAAGAUCAAGGGCAUCAAGCACCAUGGCCAUUUGAAUAAGAAGUCUGACAAGACGGCCAAAUGGAAGCAACUGUACUUCGCCCUGAUUAACGAUGGGUCCGAGACGCAGCUCUGCUUCUAUGACAAUCCCAAGAAAACCAAACCGAAGGGUCUGAUAGAUCUCUCGUGUGCGUAUCUCUAUCAGUGCCACGACUCUCUGUGGGAGCGACCCUAUUGCUUCCAGAUUGUCGAACGGGCUCUGCCCUGCCUGGCCACGGUCACGUAUCUGUGUGCACCCAGCCAGGAGAGCUAUGUGGAGUGGAUAAACGCAUUGAAGGCCCAGUGCGACUCGCAACUGAGUCGGGCCCAGAAGAAGGUCUCCCGCCUGCGCGAACUGCGCUGCCUGAACCUGCACGUCCUCGAGGCGCAUCGAUUGCCAUUUAAACUAGUGCCACAUCCCUAUUGCAGUAUUUCGCUCAACCAGGUCAAGGUUGGCAAGACUCGUGUCAAGAUCGCACCAGAACCCGUCUGGGAGGAGGAGUUCGUAUUGGAUGACGUUCCACCAGACGUUGUCUCCCUAACCAUUACCCUAAUCUCUCGCGGCAAACGCGGCAAGGACUCGGAGGUGGCCGAGUUAACCAUAGACUUAUCUAGCCUUAAGAAUGGCCAGGAGACCGAAGGCUGGUACCAGCUCACCGGCAUGACGCCCAUGGGAGAGUGGGGCUCGCUGCGUCUUCGUAUGCGCUAUCUGGACGAUCUGAUUAUGCCCUGCGAGGAGUACAGCCCCCUGCAGCAGUUGCUUCUCGAAUCUGAGCUGUAUGCGGUGAAGGCUCUGGCCGAGCUCUGUCACAACGACCGUGUGCCCCUGGCCACGGCUUUGCUGCGAGUGUUCCGGCACGAGAAGCGGGAAACCGAACUGAUACGGACACUGUGCCAGGCGGAGGUGAUGCGCGAGAACGAGACGACGACGCUCUUCCGCGGCGCCUCGCUAGCGACCACACUAAUGGAUCUAUAUAUGCGCACCGAAUGCAAUGGCUUCCUGCAGUCGGCGGUCAGUGAGACGGUGCAACGGAUUCUGGAAAGCAAGCAGUCGGCGGAGCUGAAUCCUACGAAAAUGGACGUCAACGAUGAUGCCUGCACAAAUGCCGAGUUUCUCCUGCAGAUUCUCGAUCUGGUUACCCAAUCGAUCUUCACAUCGCCCGACGCCUGUCCCCGGAACGUGCGUUACAUCUGCAACUGCCUCCAGAAGGCGGUGAUGGCCAAGUGGCCCACGGAGCGACUGGUGCGCACCCGUGUCGUCUCUGGGUUUAUAUUUCUGCGUCUGCUGUGCCCGGCGCUGCUCAAUCCACGCCAGUUUGGCCUGGUGAGUGAGACGCCGCCCAUGGCCGCCACACGUUCCUUAGUCAUGGUCGCCAAGUGUCUACAAAAUCUAGCCAAUUUGAUAGAGUUCGGAGGCAAGGAACAAUACAUGGAGGUUGUGAAUCCGUUCAUUCUGAAGAACAAAGAACGCAUGAUUGUCUUGGACCAACUAUCCCUGGUAACUGAUCCGAAUCCGCCGCUGGGCAUGUUUGUCGACCAAAGCAUUAAUCAUAAUUCGCAGGAUACAGGACGCGAGCUGGCCACCUUGCAUCACAUCUGCGUGUCGCAUUUACAGGAACUGCACGAACUAUCCAACAUAAUCUCAAUUAAGAAGCUCGUCACCGUCACCGACAUGCUGACCAAGCACAAGCUCAAGUAUCGUGAGAUGAUCAGCUAAAACUGUGUGCGCCUGUAAGCCCCUCUUCAUACAUCUAUGGAUUUAUACAUACAUAUACCUUUUAUAACAAUAUUUAUAUAUAUAUAUAUAUAUGACAAUAUAUAUAUAUAUGUAUACUAUUAGAGUACAUAAAGCGUAAGAGCCAAAACUCAUAAAUAAUUGGUUAAAUCGUUUUGGAAUAGCGAAAACAAAGUCAUUUAUAUUCAUUUCCAUCUGUGUGAAAUGGAAUAAUAUUUAACUCAG